UAUAAAUAUGAUCCUCAUAGUGGAAUUAUGACAAUAAAUUCAGGCUAUAUACCAUUUUGUGUGUAUCAAAACACUUGACAUUAAGUGAAAAAGAAUUAUGGCUCCAAUGAUCUCUGAAACAAUAAAAUAUGAUAGACUGAAAGACAACUGAGUACCUGUGUCAGCUGAUAACUGAGUGGUUUUAUUCAUAUGUUGGUUAUUUUUCCAUGAGGAAGCUGGAAUUGUACAACUUAGCUUGACCAGAAGCGAAAAACGAAACUAACCUUGAAGUUCAUGCAAACAUAUGCAAACAGACACACACACACACACACACACACACCUGUUCAAUGCUAAGGAAAACAUUUUAACAAAGCUGAGCCAUACAGAUGAGUCUAGUCAGAAUAAGGAAAGACAAGGAAAGGAUCAGAACUUCACUCAGAUAACAUUUCACCACCAUAAGACCAUGAAUGACUUCACACCCCUCACAUCUUCCAUCAGUUCUCUACAGAACACUCCUGUAUACAUCUUGCACCACCUCAAAUGUCCCAUAUGCCUUGACAUGCUACAGAACCCUGUCACUACCACCUGUGGUCACACCUUCUGCAAGAUCUGCGUGGAUAACCACUCACGCAGUAAUGGCAAAGUCUGCCCAUUAUGCAAGGACAAUCUGACCAACCUAAAGGUGAACAUUGUCUUAAAAGAAAUUCUGAAUGAGUUCCACAAGGCCCAGAGGCCAGGUCCAGAUGAAUUCACUGGACAGCUGGAGGAGGUCCCCUGCGACAUGUGCUAUGAUAGUCACAAGUAUAAAGCAGUCAAAUCCUGUUUGAUAUGCUUGUUGUCCUUCUGCAAAAGACAUCUUACUGGACACCAGAAGAAGUUGCAUUCCAAAGGGCAUAAGCUGGUGGCCCCAUUGAAUGAGCUGGAUCAGCAAGCAUGCAUGGUCCACGGCAGGCCUCUGGAGCUCUAUUCAGUCAGCGAUGGGAAGUUAAUCUGCAGUCGCUGUGUACAAGUAGGGAGAAAUGUGGUAUCUCUGGAGGAAGAAAUCGACAGAAGGCAGGCAGAGCUGGGCACUGUUAUAAGCGAGAUGAAACAGGGAAUACAGCAGAGACAGGAGAAAGUGAAAGAGCUGUACAAUACUGCAGCAAACUGCCUGGCUCUGAUUGACCAGGAGAUGAAGGAGAUUAAAAAAGUUUUCAAAGCCAUAAAGAAGGCAAUUCAGAAAGCAGAGGACAAGGUGCUAAGACCUUUAGAAGACCGGAGGAGACAAGUGGAGCAGGAGGCAGAGGAGCUGAAAAGAGAUUUGCAGAGAAAGAUCACCACAUUGAUGGAUGUGACUCUGGAUCCAGACACUGCUAAUGCACAGCUCCUAAUUUCUGAUGACAUGAGACAGGUGCACAGCUCUGUGAAGCAAAGGGAUGUAUCUGAUUGCCCUGAGAGGUUUGAUAUGUUUGGCAGCGUUUUGGGACAGAACCUGCUGACUGAAGGCAGGGCCUUCUGGGUAGUGGAGGUUGGGAACAAACGAGGCUGGGAUAUUGGGGUGGCAAGAGAGGAGGCAAACAGGAAGGGUGCACUCUCCCUCAAACCAAGCCAAGGAUACUGGGCAAUUGUGCAUUAUAAUGGCAAUAUUUAUGCUCUGGAAGACCCACCCACCCUGCUAUCUCUUUCAAAUAAACUCUGUAAACUAGGAGUGUUUGUUGAUUACAGCGAGAAGUUAGUCUCGUUCUAUGACAUGGAAGCAGAAACUCACAUUUACUCCUUUACUGACUGUGCAUUUGGAGCAGUAAUUAAACCCUACUUUAGCCCUCACCUUAACGAGGAUGUCCCAUUGGUCAUUUGCCCUGUCAAUCUCUCUAUUUAAUGGGAAAGGUCAUUUUUGAGCAACUGUAAACUGUAAAAGCUGUACUGUACCAAUUGUACUAUAUCAAUUUCAUAGAAACUUAUGCAAGAAUUGUUAACAAGCAUA